AGAGAGAGUGUGUCCCUACAGUCCAUUCAUCAGCCUGGCGAUUGGCUCUCUGCGUAUUAAUGCCCUUGUUCUGAGCAGUACUGCGUUUAAACCGUGACCAUGUGAGGCAGACAGGAAGAGCCGUGGAAAAUUCUCAAAUUGCUGCAUUUAUUUUCCUGGAAAUAUAAAGGCUCCCUUUUCCUUUUUAAAAAUAUGCCUGAGCUGGACUAAGUUUGUCAGGGCUGAACCAAGACUUUUUUUUUUCUGUUUUUUUGGAUUCAAGAUGAAUAAAAUGCAUGGAAGAGAGAAGUGGAAGACCGAAGUAAUAGAAAUCAGAUUAAAAGCUCCGGAAAGUGAGGUGUAGAAGAAUGACAAGACUUAAUUGGGACUCCUUGAGCACAGACGUGACCUCUGUCAUCCAGGAUAAAAACAUUGCACAUUCCUUAAUAUGCAGGGAUUUCCAGCUCAGCUGACAUCAAACCAGUAAUUCAGACUUUUUUUGUUCCACAUUUAGUAAGUCUCUUCUGACCAGAAUGCCUCUUAAAAACUUUGAAAAUAUGACACAUCGUCAGCAAUAGGUGAAACAAUGCAGAUUGCCACAGCACGGAUGAGCUGUUGUAGCUUGGUAAACGCUGGGAAUGCCAUUAAAUUAGGCAGAAGUGGGCCACGCAGGAGGAGGCUGAUGCUGCUGAUGUGGAUUAUGCUCUCUGGCUCACUCUGCCUGAUGGUUGACAGCCAGAUGAAGAUCCCACCAGAAACUGUGCAGCAGUGGGCCGUGUCCUUCGGAAAAGAGAUGGCUGCUUUGUCCAACAGAUACUCUGGAGCUAAACUUUUACAGAAGAAAUACAAGGAUGUGGAGGGCGUGGUGAAGAUAGAGGAGGUGAAUGGUGAAGAGCUGGUAAAGAAGUUUGCAGAGGAAAUGGAGGAGAUGCUCGGGAGGAAAAUGAAAUCAGUGAAGAGAUUAGCAGAAGCAGCAGAAGACGCUGAUCUUGGCCAUGAGUACAAUGAAACACUAGAGUUCGACUACUUUAACUCCUUGUUGAUCAACACUGUGGAUGAAGAAGGGAAUCCAACACCACUUGGUGGAGAAUUCCUCUUGGAGAAAAAUGAACAUUUCAAUAAACUUCCUGUCAACACGUGGCGCAGUAACAUACAAGUUCCUACAAAUGUUUACAAUCGAGAUCCCGAUAUUCUUAAUGGGGUCUACAUGUCUGAGGCCCUGAAUGAUGUUUUUAUUGAUAACUUCCAAAAGGAUCCAACUCUCACCUGGCAGUACUUUGGCAGUGCCACGGGCUUUUUCAGGCUCUACCCAGGAAUCCAGUGGAUUCCAGAUGAAAAUGGCGUGGUCACCUUUGACUGCAGAAACAGAAACUGGUACAUACAGGCAGCCACUUCACCUAAAGACGUGAUAAUCGUGGUGGAUGUCAGUGGCAGCAUGAAGGGACUGAGACUGACAAUAGCCAAGCACACAAUUAAUACAAUUCUAGAUACUCUGGGAGAAAAUGACUUUGUUAACAUCAUAGCUUACAGCGACUAUGUCCGCUACGUGGAGCCCUGUUUCAAGGGGAUUCUGGUACAAGCUGAUCUGGAUAACAGAGAGCACUUCAAGCUGUUGGUGGAUGAGCUCCAUGUCAAAGGAGAGGGCAAAGUAAAAAAUGCAAUGAAGGAGUCUUUUAAGGUCCUUAAUGAGGCUGCUGCACUGGGGCAGGGCAGUCUGUGCAACCAGGCCAUCAUGCUGAUAACAGAUGGCGCCAUGGAAGAUUUCAAGGAUGUUUUUGAAGAGUUUAACUGGCCAGAACGUCGAGUCCGGGUGUUCACUUAUCUUAUUGGGCGCGAGAUGACAUUUGCUGAAAAUGUUAAAUGGAUCGCCUGCAACAACAAGGGUUAUUACACACAUGUGUCCACACUAGCUGAUGUUCAGGAAAAUGUUAUGGAAUACCUCCAUGUUCUCAGCCGCCCAAUGGUUAUCAACCAUGACCACGAUAUAAUCUGGACAGAGGCCUACAUGGACAGUGUGCUGUUCAACACACAGGCCCAGAGUUUGCUCCUGAUGACCUCAGUGGCCAUGCCUGUUUUCAGUAAGAAGGAAGAGACUCUGUCCCAUGGGAUUUUGCUGGGUGUGGUAGGAACAGAUGUGGCCUUGAGAGAAUUGAUGAAAUUAGCUCCAAGAUACAAGUUGGGUAUCCAUGGUUAUGCCUUCCUCAUCACCAAUAAUGGUUACAUCCUGUCUCAUCCAGAACUACGACCUCUGUAUAAAGAAGGAAAGAAGCUGAAGCCUAAACCAAACUACAACAGUGUUGAUCUGUCAGAGGUGGAAUGGGAAGAUACUGAGGAGAAACUAAGGACAGCCAUGGUCAAAGGAGAAACUGGAACACUGUCUUUAGAUGUGAGAUCUUCUGUGGAUAAAGGAACAAGAGUGAUAUUCUUGAAGAAUGAUUACUUUUACACUGUCAUAAAUGAGACACCAUUCAGUCUUGGUAUAAUCUUGAGUAGAGGGUAUGGAGAGUAUAUCUUUACAGGAAAUGUCUCAGUGGAGGAAGGUCUUCAUGACUUAAUCACUCCAGAUCUGACCCUGGCCAAUGAGUGGACCUAUUGUGAGAUAGAUAUCGACCCAGCACAUCGUAAACUGACCCAGCUGCAGGCUGUGGUAAAAUACCUUACUGGCAAAGAGAAAGAUCUGCACUGUGACGCACAGUUGUUGCAACAAACUCUAUUUGAUGCCGUGGUUACAGCACCUAUGGAAGCCUACUGGACCGCUCUCAUGCUCAACACCUCUGAUAUGGAUGAUGGUAUUGAGACUGCUUUCUUGGGGACACGUUCAGGCUUGCUGAGGUUCUUGAAGUACACUGGUAUUGAAAAAAGAGUUGGCAAGUCUUUCCUGACCCCCACAGAUAAGGAGAAUAUGUUCACACUGGACCAUUUCCCAGUGUGGUACCGCAGGGCAGCAGAAUAUCCAGCUGGACAGUUUUUGUACUACAUGCCCCGACAGGACACAAGAGAUAUAUUCAGGGACUUUGAGGCUGACUAUAUUGCCACCUUCAGUUCAGAAGAGGAGGAAGUGGAGGAUCGGGCAGGCAGAAUAGUGAUUAGCUCCACUGCUGUGACUGUGACCGUGGGCAAGAAAACCACCAUCGCUGGAGCUGUUGGGGUUCAGAUGACUCUGGAGAUUCUUGAAUCCAAAUUUAGAGCCAUUGCUGCACAGCCAAAUGACACAGAUUGCUCCUUUGUGGAAGGGGUUUGUCCUCUUCGCUGUGACAGUUUUGACAUUGAGUGCUACGUGAUUGACAAUAAUGGCUUUGUCCUGAUUUCUAAACAGCGCAGUGACGCAGGAAGGUUCUUCGGCGAGACCGACGGAUCGGUGAUGACCACGUUGAUUCAAAUGGGCAUGUUUAAGAGGGUGUCCUUGUUUGACUACCAGGCCAUGUGUAAGACCAACUUUCACUCUGUCAGCAGCGCUCGUCCACUUCUCAGCUCAUUCUACGCUUUGGCUUCGACCUUCAAGUGGUUCCUCUCUAACUUCCUGCUGUUUCUGCUGGAGUUCAAUUUCUGUAGCUUCUGGCACACGGAGCAUUUUGCUGACGCAAAACCAUCCUUCAGUCGCUCCUACACUCCAAAGAAAAAAUGGAACAUCUUGCAGCCAUGUGACACCGAGUACCCGAGCUUCAUUUACGAGCCAUCAGUCAAGGAGACCAAUAGCAUUAUUAAGUGUGGACGGUGCCAGAAGAUGUUUGUAGUACAACAAGUACCAGAAAGCAACCUGCUGAUGCUGGUGGUACAAGGAGACUGUGACUGCUCCAGACAGUACCCACCAAUCACCUUGGAGCCCAGGGAAGUCCAAUAUAACGCAUCAGUGAAGUGUGACAGGAUGAGGUCCCAGAAGAUCCGCAGACGCCCUGAAUCUUGCCACUCUUAUCACCCACAGGAGAAUGCUAACGACUGUGGGGGGGCAUCUUUUAUACGUCUCUCAGGCCCUCUCCUUCUCCUCUGCCUCUCCUGCGGUGCACUUGUUUCCUGAUGCCAGAAAACGUUGCUCUUUAUACGUUCACAACUUUAAAAGAAUACGACAGGUUUGCACACAAAUCACCUCAAGUGGACCUUUUAGAAAGCAGAUUCUACACGCUUAUCUGUGGACUGCAAACCACAUGGACAUUUUAUAUGGAUUGUGAACACAUGUUGUUUAACUCCUAAGAAUUAAAACCUCUUAAUGUAACCCUUUACUGCCUGAAUUUUAAAGUCAUUAAGAAAGAUUUGUUAAGAAAGAGAUUGUUUUUGCUGUGAUGCAGAAACUAAAUUAAGCAGAGAUUGUCCACCUGAGCACAGCACAAGUAAUAGAUUCAAAUGCAUGUAUGAUGUAAAUUAGUGACAAAUUAGUAUUUAAACAUAUUUUUCCAAUCUCAGAUAUGUAGCUUAAUUCAUUCGGAUCUAGUAACACAACAUUUUAAAUACAGCUUAAUACUAUAAUAUUAUACUAUACAAUACUACAACAGGAGAUAAUUUGCACUCAAACCACUUGAUGGCAGCAAAGUGUUUUCAAUACAGGCCUUGGUACGUGUUGAAUAUGCAUCAACAGGGAAUUUUUAAUAAAAGGCAGUUUAUGGCGAAUUUGGUAUAAUCUACAGUGGAAAAAAGCAGGGUAAUAGACUGCUGUUUUCAUGAAUCUAACACAUACUCAGCUGAACAUUGAAGAGUUAAAUGCAUAUUCUACAUGUUACUGCAAGCAUGCACACUUCCUGUAAAUUGAAACAUUAUGUUUUAUGCUUAAAAAGAGAUUUGGCUUCCUUUGUGUGACUAUUAUUUACUGAGAGUAAAUAAGUAUAAGCAGGCAAAUCUGUUUGCAAAAUAAUAAAUAUGAAUCAGUGCAGAAGACCAGAACGGCUCAGUGCCUGAGCAGCAGGAAAAAUGAAAGUACUACCAUGUAUAAUUAUAUCUGAAAAUGACUUAUAUUUCAGAAGGAUUUUUAGUUUACAGUACGCAAAAAAACACAGAACGACCUGUUGAGAAACCCUGAGUUUUUGUCAAGAUUUCACCCUAAAACACAUAUUUUUAUUGACCUUUUUGUUUUGAUGAGCUGUGCCUUUCUGCUGCAUGUAAAUAUAAAAAAAUACAUGUGAUGUAAGUUUUCCCAGGCUGUAUUAACCUUUACAAAUAUGCAUAUACAUAACAUAUGUUACAGGAAUUAAAAAGGAUUUUUUUUUCAUUUAAACCCCCAAUCUCUGUGGAUUUUUAUGUGCUUUUACUUUAAAAAAAUGGUUUAAGUUGACAAGUCAAACUAUGUCCAUUCAAAACACAGACUUUGUGCGGUUUUGCAUCAUAGCAAUAUGUUUUGGUAAAGAGUUUAUUAAACUAAUUGUUAUUAUCUGUCUUGUUCAUGUUUGUAAAGCCCUUUGAGCAUUUAUCUGUUAAUGAAACUGUUAGCCACACCAACUUGUUUUGUACACUAUUAAGUCAAUUAAAUUCAUGUGGUUUUUGUAUUAAGUUUGCUGUUGUGUUUUUCUUUUUUCUUUUUAUUUGCCUGUGAUAAAUGCCAUUGCUCGCAUAAAGAAACAAGAUACUAAAAGAAAAUCUGUUAUUUGACUAAUAAAAUAAUUUUGUUUAGGAUAGUUGUAGUACGCCACGUUUUGUUGGGUUGAAAUCCAAAAAGGAAAGGACUUUUUACAGCGAGACACCAUCUGAGGAAGGAGGAGGAGAGCAGACUUGACCUGCAAAACCUGUGUGACUUUUUUAACUUUGACCUCAGACACAAACAAGGCCAACAGCUCACUGAUCAGCCUGGAAGAUCCAUCCAUCAUCUAUACCAACUCAUCCCUGCAGGAUCUUGAAAACCUUGAACAGGUCCCCAUCCUAUAACAUAGCAACACUGAGACAAACAGGACAAACAAGUACGCACACACACUGACAAUUUAGAGUGACCAAUUAACCUAACAGGCAUGUUUUGCUGUGGCCUACCGUGCUUCACUGAGGUUUCUCACUGUAAGUGAUAUUGGGAGGGACUGCCUAGUUUGGCCACCCAAAGGUUCAGCUUUAAGGUAAAACUAGGUGUACUUCAUAUUUGUGAUUUGAUUGACCUGCAACAUACUAGUUGUUACUGUUUUCAAUCUCAGGAUUAUUUGUUGCUUUUGGUUUGGUGUGCGAGUAUUGACAUUAAAGGAAAUGUGUCUGUUCUGUUAUUUUUACAUGAAGCAAGCAGCAGACUGACAGAAAAAUGACAAAACUGAUUAAUAUUGGUGCUUUUAAACCCAAAUUACAAAUAUCGACUGCUGAUUCCAUUUUAUGUACUUGUUUUAAAUAUUGCACAUUUAUCAUUUCUUGUUUAUUUGACUGUCAUUAUUUUCAUUUUGUGUUUUGUGUAAUUUUGUGAAUUGUUUGAUGUUAUGCUCCCUAUCUUGGAGGGUUUUCUCACAGAAUAGAGGUUUUUAAUCUUAGUGGGAUAUUAGCUGGAUAAAUAAAUGUCAAAUAAAUCAAUAAAUUAGAAUGAGUUUAUUUAUUCUACCAGUUGAGGGGGCAUUCGAUAUAUAUUUUUAAUCAAAUGUCGAUGUGUUAUGCAGAAAAGGUAUCCAUUUGAAGAUAACUUGAUGGAGACAUAAACUAAAACCUAACUUAAUCCAAAAUUCACUCAGAUGCUUUAUUAAUUACAUGGAAAUAUUAUGAAUCAUUUUGGUCAGGUAAUUACCCUCUAAAUGCUUUAAUGCAAAGUUAAAAAAAAUAACUCGACAAACACCGGGAAAACGACAGAAUGGCCCUUUAAAUUUAAGGAAAAAAUGGGAGCGAAGAAGAGUCGGCCUAAUUGGAAACACCUGUGGGAGUGAGUAGAGGCAGCGUGCAGAAUCCGAAGAAAAACAAUGGAGAAAAAAAGAUAUUUACAGUUUUUAGAAAUGUAUCAUGUUACAGAAAAGCUGUGAACAGGAUUAGGACGACGUUUGGAAGUAUUAAAUGGAAGAAUGAGGAACUCGGGAGCACCCGAGCAGAAAUGUCCCUUUAAUCAAGCAGCGGCCCUCCUGAGGCAAAGUUCAGCGUCGUCCAACAUGAUAAACGGGUUAAAGGGUUUCUGAGGCAGUGUGCAGACCCCCCAAAACCCCAACCCUACUAAGAUUCAACAUAUUCAGUCUACAGAGCGCUGAAGAGACAUCAUUCAAAGACGUCUCUGUCCUGUGCAGCUAUAAGUCGAGACUCCCCGUGAUGCAAAGUGAAAAAGGAUUCUGGUUUCAGUCCCUUCAGUUCCAGGGCCUCUCUGAGACGGACUGGUGGCUCCAGGUAGUACUGCAUGAAGGAGGGAAAAGGUUCUUUGAUGGAGGAUGAUAGUCCUUACUGCUUACACAGACUGGACUGGACUUCUUCAGGCGAGGGCGAAGGUCCCCCAGUGUAUGGCUACAGACUGUUUGGCCUGAAGGUCCUGAUGAAUCUGAACAGCCUCCUCUGGAUCCACAUGCUGUCCCUGCAUCAUAUCCCUGAAAAACCCACAGGAAAUACCAGGAGUCCUGUUUAAUGUUCAGUUCUCAUUAAAAUGCUAAAACUACACAUGCAAGAUAUGCAUUUCUAUUGAGUUGUUGAUCACUGUGACUUUGUAUAUGGCCUAAUAUUUUGGUACCCCUAAUAAACAACCUUUCUCACAUUUUA